UUUGCUGCGGCUUUUACAAAACAAGGAUGUUCCUUUUAUGUCUGGAGCAUAUGGUUUGUAGGCUCAGGUAUCUCUGUAGCACAAUGCUUCACUUACAGUAUGUUGGUCUGGUAUUUUAUCAAAAAUAUUUCAGCUCCUGCGACUUGGAUAUUGCAAUUAUGAUAAUAUUUUGAUUAAUUGUUGAGCCUUAAUAUACGACACAGAAAAUCAAGUAUGAUGUCUGUAGACUGAGCAGAACCAGAGCCAAAUGUCUCAGGAAGUGAAGUGAAAAGAUCAGUUCAAAUAAACAUAAAAGGUUUCAGAAAAACUUAAAACUUGGGAAGUUCUGGUGCAAUGUCUAGUUGUGUGUCGGUGUUUAUCAUGAUUAGUAAACGGACAGAAACAAUCAUCACACUGACCUACACUGACCGGUCUGAGUCCCAAUCUACAGUUUACCACCCCCCAGGAGGGUCCCACCCCCAAGAUAAGUCUGAAAGGUCACAAGAUGUUUAAAAUGAUAAAUGAUAUGUCUUUUUGUAAUGUUUUUUAUUUUAUUUACUUGUUGCCUUAUGAACACAUAAUUGUUCACAUUGAAACAGUCUAGGAAGGAAAAUUCUCUCCUUGUUUGAGCUGUUCCUGUAAGAACUCCUUUCUAAACCCAUAAACUGUGAUAAGGAAUCACAAACAAUCAUUUGUUUUAGGCUCAAAAUGUUGAGGACCACUGCUUUAUUUAAAUGACAUGACAAGUAAAAACAUUCAUGUAAAACACAGUAGUCUCUUGAGUGCUGCGAGUUUGAAGGACUAAAACAGGAAGUACCUCCAAUGGACACUAGAUGGUGCAACAAACUCUGACUGCAGGAGCACAUAAAGACCUCUGGACCUCCUCGGUGUUGACCCAUGUUUCCAUCACACUGCAAACUAAACGGCUUCAGCUGAAAUAUUCCUGAAUAUUUCAGGUUUCUGCAGUUCAGUUUGCAUGUGUGGCUGAAAAUGCCACAAAAACUGGGGGCAGACGUUUGUGGUGCACAUGAGGAUGAAUCCUAUUGAUACCGGUAUCUCCCGGCUGUUCAUGUUAAUGCCACCGACUGUGUUCCCAUCCUGAUGUCAACAGUGUUUUCACUGGUGCUGUUUCUCCGUUUGACAGUCGACCCCCACACUGAGGUCUAUGGAGUAAUCGCAGCCUUGUUUCUGGAGCAGAUGCAGCUUCAGACAACUUCAAAUGAAAUAUUUGUUGUUUUGAGGACCAAAAAUGAAAAUGAACCUUCAGUGCAAAACAUUAAAUGAACCUAACUUUGCAUCAGAAAAUGUUUUAUUCUAUGUCAAAUUUUUCAUCUAUAACUCACAAUCUUGGGUUUAGUGAACAAACCUCAGAUGAUGGAUGUGGUGAACAAACACAGAUUGUGCCUUGAAGUGGUAAAUUUGGGACUAUAUUAUAAAUGCAAGGGAGAGACAUCCGGAUACAUCAGAAUAACUCUAAAAACAUUAUUCAGCAUUGUUACAACGGGGAAACUUCAUCUGAUGUUUUGCAGAUGUUUUUAUUUUAGUUUUGGUUCAAGAACCUCUCUGUUAUUCCUGAGGACCUGACCUGAGAUCAGUCUCCACGUGUUCCCGCCCCCCCCUCACCUUAUCUCCGGCCUGUCUGCCCGCUUCGCAUUAACAUAAUUAUGCAGCUGCACACCGGGAGGUUUCCCGGGUUAAAACAAACAGCGUCGGCCUCCUGGGAGCCACAGCACAGGUGAGGAACCAGCAGAGCCGGGUGAAGUCAAACACGAGGCCGAGCAUGAGUCCUCUGGUGCUGCUCGCGGUGUGUUUUCUGGGUGUGUGUGAUCUCUCACACGUGGAGGAGAUGAAGAGCCAGGAGCGGCUCUUCCUCGGCUCACUCGGCCUCUCCGGGCGGCCCCGGCCCGCAGGGAGCCACCAGCCCCGACACCAAGUCCCCUCCGCGCUCUGGAGGAUGUUCCGGAGGUCGGAGAACAUCCGGACCCAGGAAAGCGACCCCUGCAUGGUGGCAGAGUACGGAGUCCGCGGCAACAUCAUCCGAUACGUGCAAGACCAAGGCAGGCUGGUGUCUGGGUGGAGCAGCAGCUGUCAGGUCUGUCUGGAGAAGCAGCUUUUCUUCAACAUGUCCGUCCUGCAGCCUGUGGAGCUGCUGUCUCUGGCUCAGCUGGAAGUCAAGUUCCACUGGAAACCCUUCAGAUCUGCAGAGCUCCUGCAGGGGCCCCGGGCCCUUAGCGUGUCUCUGUAUAAAGUGAUCCGAGCCACGUUGAGGGGAGCCAAUCCCCAGGCCAACCGCAGACUCCUACUGUCCCAGUCAAUCCAGCUGCAGCCUGAACCCACCUCCCUCACCAUGGACCUCACCUCGCUGGCAGAGAAUUGGCGCAAACCGGGACGCAACUACGGUUUGGUUAUAGAGCUGCUUCCUCUCAGCACCGAUCCAGAGGAACUUCCCUUUCACCCCGGAAACUCCCUCCCAUUGGAACCAGCUUUCACCCUGCCGCUGAUCCAGGCGUCACUGGUGGCCGUGUCCCUCAACCCCCACCAGUGUCGCUCCAGAAAGAGGAGAAGCGCCGUCCACCUCCCUGUGACGCCCAGCAACGUCUGCAAGGCCCGACGUCUCUACAUUGACUUCAAAGACGUGGGCUGGCAGGACUGGAUCAUCGCUCCGCAGGGCUACAUGGCCAACUACUGCCACGGUGAGUGCCCGUUCCCGCUCAGUGAGAGCCUGAACGGCACCAACCACGCCAUCCUGCAGACCCUGGUUCACUCCCUGGACCCGCAUGGCACGCCUCAGCCCUGCUGUGUCCCCAUCCGCCUGUCGCCGAUCUCUAUGCUCUACUACGACAACAACGACAACGUGGUGCUGCGACAUUACCAGGACAUGGUGGUGGACGAGUGUGGGUGUCGAUGAAUUUGACAUUUAUGAUUGGGUUUAGGUCUUUUUUAGCUUUUCCAUCCAACUUUAGGAGUCAGAUUCUUCCUGUCACGUUUGUUGGAUUAUGUUUUCAGUGUAUAAUGUCAGGUCUUUGUCGUCAGUGGUUUUUAAAGUAAGUAACGUAAGAUUUAUGAGUUUGUUCUCAGGGAAGUUUUGAGAGAUUUAAAAAAAACAAAACAAGUAUGAUGUUAAUAAAAAUUAAAAAACACAGUGGAGGGUUGAUUUAUUUUUCAGUCAGAAUAAGUUUUGGCCCCUUCAGCUUCCCCACCGUUUCCCUGUGAUUUAAAUGUUUCACUGACGGAGGCCAGCUCCCCUUUUAUCUACUCAAUAAGAAAUGAACUCUCUUAUCUCACCUUCCUGCAUGAUAACGCUCCCACCCCCUCCCUCACUGAGCAAGACAGACCACUGGGGUUGCCAUGACGACGGCUGGUCGCCACAGCAACUGAGAGAGGCUGACAGGUUGUAGUAAUUAGUGAGAGAGUUUGGGGUGUGAAGACGCAGAGAAGAAGAGACCCAGCUCUGUGAAAGUUCCCAGUGGGUAAAUGGUAAUGUUCAUUUGAAAAACGUGUCGUAGCAAGUUCUUCAAAAGGUUCCCACACUCUGUUUAACGUUCUUGAAACUUUCUAAAACAUCAUUAACCUGGUAAACUUAAUAUUUUUCCCUUAAAUGUUCAAUUUAGAAAAAAAUGUUCACUCUAACAAUAUCCUCUUCCUCCUCUUGUCCCAAUCUUUAGUCCUAAAUGACUCAAAUAUUGACAUAGCUGUGCAAACUCAAGACAGGAAGAUACUUUUAUUGCUACAACAACAUGUCUUAUGGAAAUAUUGUAGAUGGUGUGAACAUCAUUUCAUAAAAAUUUCCCUAAAAUCCAACUUAUUUCAGGCUUUCUUUUGGGACCUUGACAUAGUAAUUUAAGUUGUGUCAUGUUUGAACAAAUACCUGGCCCCUGGUCGCUUCUGGAAAAAUGGAGCCACCCACAGCUCUUCAGAUUUAGGAGGCUGAGUUGAGUGUUGUCCAAUGCACACCUUGUAAACAGGUGCAGAAGAGGUUAUUCAGAAGAGAGGACUGAAUUGCGUCACAGGAUCGGCACCAAAUUUGUUGCAAAUGCAUCACCUGAGGAAAUAAUGUAUUUUCUUUGCUCAGAAUGGGCAGGGAUUUAAUACGUUCCUUCAAACGUUAAAUUAACAUUACAGCAGCAAACUGGAGCCCUCACAUCAACAUAAAUCAUUAUAGGGCCACUACAGUGUUCUAAUAUUGCACUCCUAGAAAGUUAAAAGUUAGCAGCAUUUAAACCUGCCACAUGAAGUUAGGAAUGAUCUCACACUCAAAUGUAAUAAUCUACAUAACUUUUUUUGGUGUCUUUCAUUCUCGAUUUAAGGUACAUUUUUUUUUCAAACUGGGAGAUGUCCAGUACAAACCAUUUGUCUUAAACUGCCCAAAUUAGAAUAAAUAAAGAUCUCUAA